AUGUCAAUGCGGAGUGGUCGAAAGAAGGAGACUCCGGGGCCCCGAGAGGAGCUCAGAACCCGGGGUCGAGCAUCUCCUGGUGGUGUCAGUACUUCCAGCAGUGAUGGCAAAGCUGAGAAAUCACGACAAACUACCAAGAAAGGUCGUGUGGAGGAAUCAAUGGCACCUAAAGGAAGCAAGCAAAGUCGAUCAGAGGAGAUUUCAGAGAGUGAAGGAGAGGAUACCAAUGCUGCAAAGAAAACUAAAACAGAAGAGCUGCCAAGACCACAGUCUCCUUCAGAUGUGGACAGCCUAGAUGGCCAUAGCUUCAACGAUGAGACAAGCAGUGACCCACGAGACAUUGACCAAGAUAAUCGAAGCACCUCUCCCAGCGUCUACAGCCCUGGCAGUGUGGAGAAUGAUUCUGAUUCCUCCUCUGUGCUUUCACAAGGACCCUCCCGCUCUUAUCAUCACCCUCCACUCUUUCCCCAGAGCCCCUCACCAGCUCCUCUGCCAGAGGGCCUUACGCGUCCCCCAGAAUCCAACUUCAGCUUAUCAGGGGAGGUUCAUCCUCAGGGCCCCCCAAGUGGCUACCAAUCUCAAAUUGAAGCCCAGGCUUCAAGAAUUUUCCAGGCGCAGGGCCAAGCCCCCCCAGUUCCCACUCCUUCUACCAACUCGUCCUCCUCCCCCUCGUCUUCGUCCUCUUCAUCCUGCACAAUGCAUGCUUCUCUGUACCCCAAUGCUAAUGUGGUCCAACUGGGACCGAAAGCUGUGAGUGCAGGAGUGGGGAUUCCAGCACCAAGUGGGCGUGAGCAAUCCCUCGGUACUAAGCACAACCCACCUCCCACUACUCCUAUUUCAUUAGCUUCUGUGGCAGGUGGCAUGCCUCCUCAGAAGACACCCCCAAACAAUUCCCCAUCAAUCAUUCCUUCCGCUGCUGCGACUUUUCCGCAUGUGCUAGCCAAUCUGCCUCCGCCCCCAGCUCUGCGCCCUCUGAAUAACAUGACGGUGACAUCCAGCUCACCAGGGGUGGUGGGGCAAGCAUUAAGUGGACAUCUUUCAUCGCCCCAUGCAAUAGGGCAGGAUAAGUCCCCCGUCCCUUCUCGUUAUCCCUAUGCACCCCCUCCUCCUCCUCCUCCACCCCCCAGCUCUUCUGCUCAGUAUCCCCUUCCUCCCCCUUCCCAGGCAUUGCCAAGUUACAGUUCAUCAUAUGGCCACUCCUUUCCACCACCCAGCAGCCUCUCUGUAUCCAGCCAACCGCCCAAGUACACUCAGCCCUCCAUGCCCUCCCAGCCUGUAUGGAGUCAAGGCCCACCACCCUACAGCCGCCCACUAGGGAACACUAACUCUCACCCUCCUGCCUCCUUUCCUGGUCAGUCCACUCAUCACCCGCAGCAGCAGCAGCAGCAACAGCACCAUCACAACCACAGCAAUGGUGCUGGUCUCUCUCCAGCAGCAGUUGCCACACCCCAGACAUCUAGCAGUUAUUCCCACCCAUUAGAACCAGGCCCACAUCACCCUCCUCAUGCUGCCUAUGGGCUACGCCUCUACCCACCCCAUAGCCAUGCUACAUACAGUCAGGCUCCUUCUGCAUCUUCCUCUUCCUCGUCUUCCUCCUCCUCCUCUUCUUCCUCCUCAUCCCAGGGUACAUACCCUGGACUCUGUAGCCACCCUCAAGGGCAGAGCACAGCCGCCUAUGCCUUUCCUCCUCCCCCUCCCCCUUCACCCGCCCAUGGGGCUGGACCCCCAGUCACUUCUGCUUCAGUUACCCUCUCCACUGUCAUAACCACAAUGGCCUCUUCCUCUACAGCUCCGUAUAAGACAGCAUCGCCUCCAGUUGGAGCCCCAACGACAGCCCCUUAUGGGAAGCGUACAGCUUCUCCCUCUCCUACUUUCCAACCGCCAGCCCCCUACAAGCCAGGCUCUCCUCCUGCAUCCUCAGCAUCCUCCUUCCGUGUAGCCACACCCCCAGGAUACCGAUUAAGCUCUUCUCCGGCAGCGGGAGGCUACAAGGCCUCCUCACCAGCCCCCAUUGUCCCUCCUGCCUCUGGAAGUAUGGCUGCCCCUGCCCCACCCUUGCCUCCCCUGCCACUCAGUGCUGCACAAAUAAAGCAAGAGCCUUCAGAGGAAUUUGAGCCCCCUGAUAGCCCAAUGCCUCCGAUACGGAGUCCGUCCCCGGCUCCCAAAGUGGUGGAUGUUCCAAGUCAUGCCAGCCAAUCAGCCAGGUUCAACAAACAUCUGGAUCGUGGCUUUAAUUCUUGUUCACGGACUGAUCUCUACUUUGUGCCCCUGGAUGGCUCCAAACUGGCCAAGAAACGAGCUGAUCUUGUUGAGAAAGUGCGCAGAGAGGCUGAACAGAAGGCCAGGGAAGAGAAAGAGCGAGAAAGAGAACGGGAACGAGAGAAAGAACGGGAGAGGGAGAAAGAAAGGGAACUGGAACGAAGUGUGAAAGUUGCCCAAGAGGGCCGACCAGUAGAUUGUCCAUCUCUUGGCCCUGUUCCUCAUCGCCCAUCUUUUGAGCAAGGCAGUGCCGUAGCGACUGUCCCACCAUAUCUGGGUCCUGACACACCAGCCCUCCGUACCCUCAGCGAGUAUGCCCGGCCUCAUGUCAUGUCUCCGAGCAACCGGAAUCACCCCUUCUAUGUCCCUUUGGGUGCAGUUGAUCCAGGAUUGCUUGGUUACAAUGUGCCAGCCAUCUACAGCAGCGACCCAGCCACGCGGGAGAGAGAAUUGCGAGAACGGGAAGCCCGUGAACGAGAUCUCAGGGAUCGCGACCUGCGUGAGCGUCUUAAGCCUGGUUUUGAAGUUAAACCAGCUGAGUUGGAGCAGCUCCAUGCCGUGCCCAGUGCUGCAAUGGAUCCUUUCCCACGUCAUGGGGGGUUGGCUCUCCAGGCAGGUCCAGGCCUCCACCCUGCUUUUCCCUUCCAUCCAGGGCUGGGCCACCUGGAGCGAGAACGGCUGGCCCUGGCGGCUGGCCCGGCUUUGCGCCCCGACAUGUCUUAUGCUGAGCGAUUAGCAGCUGAACGACAGCAUGCCGAGAGAGUGGCUGCUCUGAGCAACGACCCCUUGGCUCGACUGCAGAUGCUCAACGUGACCCCCCAUCAUCACCAGCACUCCCACAUCCAUUCCCACCUCCAUCUCCACCAGCAGGACGCUAUCCAUGCAGCUUCUGCCUCUGUUCACCCUCUUAUCGAUCCACUGGCUUCUGGGUCACAUCUCACCAGAAUACCCUACCCAGCGGGCACUAUACCUAACCCACUUCUGCCUCACCCACUCCAUGAAAACGAAGUGCUGCGCCACCAGCUUUUUGCUGCCCCCUACAGAGACCUGCCUGGCUCUCUGUCUGCCCCAAUGUCUGCAGCACACCAGCUCCAAGCCAUGCAUGCGCAGUCAGCAGAGCUGCAGCGCUUGGCCCUGGAACAGCAGCAGUGGUUGCAUGCCCAUCACCCUCUGCACGGGGUGCCACUCCCCACACAAGAGGAUUACUACAGUCACCUGAAAAAAGAAAGUGACAAGCCCCUUUAAAUGGACCCCAUUCCCCACAAUGAUGUCAUUAUCCUUUGUUGUUGCUGCUUCUUCUUCUUGGAGAGGAAAAUCAACUCAUCAAACUCUGGAUGAGGAAGAAGCUACUUAGUGACACAAUUCCCUAAAUCAUUCAACAAAUCCAAACAACUGUGGUGGGAGGGAGAAGGGUAGUACAAGGGAAAAUAUGAGAGAUCAAAAAAGGAUUUUGGACAAAUGGCUCGACAUUCCCUUGUUUCAGUAAGAAAAGGUAUGAAUUAUCAAGCAUUCCUUUUCUCCCUGCCAUGUCCCGCCGCCGCCACCACUCUCUCGCCCUAAGGUGGAUGUCACUAAAAGCAUAAUGGGGCUAAAUGGGGCCUCCCUCUUUUUUGUACUUUGACAACCAGAUGGUUUUGAGGAACACUGCAUUGUCAGACUUUCAAGAAGGCAUUAUCACAUUCCUCUUCAACCCUUGAAAGACUAGGCCAAGUUAAGAGGUGCAUAGCACCACAAGAUGGUUUCAAAAGAGCAGCUGCUGCCUUUUUAUCCAUGCCUUGAGGGAACUUUGAUGAGUCUGGAAAAUACUGUGGAACGACAACAGAGCGUUUCCCUCUCAUUUCAUUAGUGAGGGAGAUUGAUAUGGCCACACAGUGCAAAGCAUGGUUGAAAUUGUCUCUGAUGGCAACUGCUCCUUUUCCCUUCACCCAUUCCAGUCGAUGUACUCAUGCACAUCCCGUUAGACGUGGCAGUUUUGCGUAGCAAUUUGUGAAUCCUUGAUCUCCCCAUGUGUGUGUCUAAUUUCACAGUUGUAUAUCUUGAUCUGUCCACAUACAUACAUACAUACAUACAUACAUACGUACGUACGUACGUAUGUACAUACAUACGUACAUAAGAACAUUAAAAGAAAGUCAAUCAUGGGAGAAGAAUCUCCCUACACAACCAGUUCCACGCAACACACACAUGGGUGUGCAGAUGCACGUGCGUGCACACACACACACAGACACACACACUAAUUUAUAUAUAAAUGCAGCUCUUAAAGAACAAAACCAGCCAAGUAGCCAAAAAAAAAAGCCUUCCAAAAUGUUUUAAUGUUUGCUUUCUGCAUGCCCAGGGGCUAUUAUCAAGUAAUCAAGAUUUUAAAAUUACAUUCCCUGUUAGUUUGUUGCAAAGCAGAGAAAUGAAAAAAAGAUACCUUGAAAACAGGAUCUAUUAUUCUCCGCUGGAGUGGAAUAUAAUAUCUUUUCCCAGUAUUUUUGCAGAUCGGUAGGGUAGGGUCCUUGUGUUUUGGCAAUUGCAUGGAGUUCUUGAAAUUAGCACCUUGGAUAAUUGCAGCACCUUGUGAGUUUAUCAAGGAUUCAUUCUAUUCAGUCUGUAUAGUAGAGGAGUGCACAUAUGAGAGCAUGACUUGGUCAGCUGUACGCAAGUUUAACUUGUGGGAUCCUGUUCAUGGCAUCCUGAGCAUUGAUUUAUAUGGAUGGGACACUCUUCCAUCAUAUAGAGCAAAUCCUUGCCCUGAUGAGGGAAUGAAGCACCAGAAAUGAUAAAUAGGAAUUACUAGCUCCCCUGCCCCCCUCCCUCCCACUUCUAACAACCAUAUUCAGUAUGCACAUCCCCAACAAUGAGAUUUGUGAAUUACUGAUCACUUUAGCAUAGUCUUUUAAGUUGGUGAUGAAAAAUCAGCAAGAAUUGGGGAAAGACAUUGGCACUGGACAUUUUCUCUGCUGCUAGCAGAGUAAAAGGGCACAAGAUUAGAGGGAUGAGGCCAUACUUAAUUGCCUUUAAUCUCAGAAUGUCUUUAAAAUGCUUGGUCUGAAUCACAUUCUUUGGAAUGCAAGUAGCUUUUGUUGAAGGUCUACUUCCUCUCCAGUAUAAAGACAAGCUUUAUUAGCAGGCCUGAUGUAGGGGAAUGUGUCAGAGGUCCUUCAAGUGGAAUAAGUAUGCAGCUGCAAGUGGGCACAAUUGUCCACAGGUGACAACUGAUAAAGGCAUCUCUGGACAAAGCAAGAGACGGCAUGAAGUAAAGCUGAUGCUUUGUGCCACCUGCCUUCAUAGGGCAGGUCCUCAGGUUUAGAGGAUUAGAAACACUCAAGAAACAGGGAGCGUGUAUAUAAAACUGC